GAAAUCAAUGAUCAAAAUCACAACCAGAGCUUAGUUAGUGAACAAUAACCUUUGCUCAAAUAAAAUUUUACAAUAUUCUACAGUGAGUAUGGAUACUACUGUUGAAAGAGAUGGACACUUUAGACAGCCUGCUGCAACUACAGACAGCCCAAAAUUUAUCUGGAUCUGUCCUUCAGAACUAGCCAAGAAAAUAGAGGAAGACAGGGAGCAAUGGCUGCUCUUGGACACGCGCUCCUUCUCCCUCUACUCUGGCAAGCACAUCGACAAUGCUAGGAGCUUUGCCUUUGCUCCUAUGCUAAUGAAGCGUCUACUGAAAGGAACCGCAUCACUCGACUCCCUGAUACUGAGACUAACUGAUACUUCUCUUCUAAGCAGCAUUGGUGCCGCAGAGCGGAUUGUCCUCUACGACAGCAACUCCACACCUUCAGAGACGAAAGCAGAUCUUGUUAAAUUGGUAGAGACACUGCAAGCAAGAUUCGAAAACAAGCUAAACAUCAGAGUAUUACUAGGUGGUAUGGAAACUUUCCAAGAAGCAUAUCCAAGCCUUUGCAACUCUAGUGAGCCAAGCAAGGCCCUUUCUCCCACUCUGGCAACCCUCCCGACCUCUUCUGUGGACUGCACUGGCUAUGACACUCCAGAGGGCACUCCAGUUGAAAUACUACCCUUCCUUUAUCUGGGGAGUGCCAAGGACUCCUCUGAUCUCAGGAUACUCAAGAAAAUGAACAUCACGGCCGUCCUCAAUAUCACAACAUCUUGCCCGAAUCACUUUGAGCCUUAUCUUGAGUAUAAGUCUAUACCAGUAGAAGACACUCAUCAAGCUGACUUGUUGUCUAGACUACAGACGGCCAUUAACUUUAUUGAUGAAAUCAAGAGUAAAGGUGGCCGAGUAUUUGUUCAUUGCCAUGCUGGUAUCUCACGCUCCGCCACUGUAUGCAUUGCCUAUCUGAUGCAGCACAAGAAAGUAACAAUGACCGAGGCUUACAAGUACGUUCAGAGCAGACGGCCCAUCAUAUCACCUAACCUUGGCUUCAUGGGACAGCUAAUGGUCCAUCAGAAGAACUUGGAGUUACACUGGACAACAGUUAGCUCACAAAUGACAUGUACCACUUCAACUGUCACUAACACUCACGUGAACUGUCUCUCGUGUCAAUCGCCUUCCCAAGCAACCAAGAACACUUCUUUUUUCGAAGAGAGUCUACCAACAGCAAACACAGAGCAGGUGUGUAGUUUCUCGGAGUCUUUGAUACCGGCAAUAAAGAACUUUGGAGCUACAGGAGUGAACUCUGUUCCGGUUAGAAAAGGAUCACUCCCAGCUGCAAGCAGUAGGAGUAGAGAUGGGCUGAGACUCUCGUUGAAUGAUGAAUUCACACGUAGGAAAAGCACUACUAGUACUAAUCAAGUCAGCCCUUGCAGAGUGGAAGCGAGCCAGCGUUCGUUAACUUUAUCACUUAAUCUUUCAACCACUUGUACAUGAAUCAGGUCCACAAAUAACUCAGUUAUUAUUUAUCAUUACUUUAUAAUCAAUAUUACUUCUCUGUAUGUAAAGGAUCAAUUAUUAUCACUACCUUGUGUAUUUAUUAUCUUUAUUAUUAUGUACGUUUGUUAAACUGUCGUUGUUACUGUUGUAUCAUAAUCUUCAAUCAGAAUCAAUUCACUAAAAAUA